CGUCAUCGGCCGCCGAGGAAUCGCGAGCGCUCGCCUCGUUGUUUAGUGCGGAGCGCGCGUGGUGCUGGUGACGGUGGUGGUGGUGACGGUCGUGGUGACGGUGGUGACGGUGGUGGUGGUGGUGACGGUGGUGGUGGUGGUGGUGGUGACGGUGGUGGUGGUGGUGGUGGUGACGGUGGUUGGUGGUGGUGACGGUGGUGGUGGUGGUGACGGUGGUGGUGGCCUCACCGGCUUAAGCUGCGGGGAGAGGGUUGAGUUCUAGUGGCUGUGAGUUUGUUCGUCUCCGGGUUUUUUUCGGCUCCGUGUUGUUUUUGUCGUCAGCGGUUCUGCGAGCAAGUCAACUCCAUGGCCGUGGGCUGACCCAGGGUUAUGCACCGACCGGCAUCUGCUGUAGACAUGUAAAGACGCGCUGAUCGACCCAGACAGAGAUGGCGGAAGCAGAGACAGCCUAUCGCAGGCUGGACUCUUACGAUGAUGAAGAGUCCCCGAACCAUGAGCGGGAGGUUCUCGUGCACGUUCCCGAGGGCAGCAAAGCCCGGUGGAACCACAUUGAAAACUUGGACUACUUCUUCACAAGAAUAUAUCAUUUCCAUCAGAAACAUGGUUUUGCCUGCAUGAUGCUAGCAGAAUUCUUUGAAUUGGUACAAUUCCUCUUUGUUGUGACCUUCACGACGUUUCUGAUCAACUGUGUGGACUACGAUAUCCUCUUUGCCAAUAAGCAAGUACAUCCACAACCCAGCAGAAAAGUGACUCUCUACGAUGCUUUGCUUUCCAGUGAAAAAUGUACCGAGAGGAUUCGUGGAAACAGUUGGAUCAUCUUCCUGAUCGUGAUGGCAGGGACAUUCUGGCUGUAUCGUCUCAUCAAGGUCAUCUACAACUUCUCCAGCUAUUUAGAGAUCCGUGCUUUCUACAUUAACGCUCUCAAGAUCCCCAUGGCAGAGCUUCAGAACUUCUCGUGGCAGGAGGUUCAGGAGCGUGUGCUGGCAGUGCAGAAAGAGCAGCAAAUGUGCAUCCACAAGCGCGAGCUCACCGAGCUCGACAUGCACCAUCGUAUCCUGCGCUUCAAGAACUAUCUGGUGGCCAUGGUCAACAAAUCGCUGCUGCCUGUGCGUGUCCGUGUGCCCUUCGCCGGCGAGAGCGCCCUCCUCACGCAGGGCCUCAAAUACAACCUGGAAAUGCUGCUCUUCUGGGGCCCUGGCGCGCCAUUCCAGAGUGCCUGGAGCCUUCGGCCCGAGUACAAGCGGGCUGGCUGCCGGCUGGAGCUGGCUGAGCGACUAGGCCGCACUAUCUUGCUCGUUGGCCUUGCCAACCUCGUCCUCUGCCCGUUAGUCGUCGUCUGGCAGGUGUUGCAUGCCUUCUUCCGGUACGCGGAAGUACUGAAGCGUGAGCCCGGUAGCCUGGGUGCGCGCCGCUGGUCCCUGUAUGGGCAGCUCUACCUGCGCCACCUCAAUGAGCUGGACCACGAGCUGCGUGCGCGGCUGGGACGUGGAUACCGCCACGCCGCCAGGUACAUGGACUCGUUUACGGCACCUAUGAUGGCUGUGCUUGCCAAGAACGUGACGUUUUUUGCCGGCUCAUUGUUGGCUGUGCUGCUGGCGCUUACGGUGUAUGACGAGGAUGUGCUGUCCGUGGAACACGUGUUGACCGCUAUCACGGCACUGGGUGUCCUGCUCACCGUCUGCCGGGCAUUUAUUCCAGAUGAACACCUGGUGUGGAACCCUGAACACCUGCUACAGGCAGUUCUUGCUCACAUACACUAUAUGCCCGAGCACUGGAAGGGCAUCGCCCACAAGACAGAAACCAGAGAUGAGUUUUCUCAACUUUUCCAGUACAAGGCAGCAUUCAUCAUGGAAGAGCUGCUGAGCCCUAUCAUCACACCCUUCAUCCUCAUAUUUGGUGUGAGACCAAAGGCCCUGGAGAUUGUCGACUUCUUCCGAAACUUCACUGUGGAGGUGGUGGGCGUGGGUGAUGUCUGCUCCUUCGCACAGAUGGACAUCCGCCGGCAUGGCAACCCCACGUGGAUGUCAGCAGGGCAGACAGAAGCAUCCUAUUAUCAACAAGCCGAAGACGGAAAGACGGAGCUCUCUCUCGUUCACUUCGCCAUCUCAAAUCCCCGCUGGCGCCCACCACGUGGCAGCAAUGUGUAUCUCAACCAGCUGAGAGAGCAAGUGCAGCGUGACAGCACUGCCAAUCCGCAGCCCCUGCUUUUCAGCUCAUUGCAAACUAUCGAGUCGCAAUCAGGGCCAUACGGCUUGCUGGGCAGCAUGUUGGGAGGCCCUUCCUCGCUGACGGCAUACCGAUCGACGCGCGACGCCACCUGCAGUCUUCCUGAAAUGUCUGCGGCUACGGCCGCUGCCACAGCACUCAUGUCGCUCUCCAUGCCAUCUGCGUCCCUCACUCCGGGGCCCAGGGAGGAGCUCGCCGAGAUGCCGGAUGCCACCCCUGGAAAUACCACUGUCACCGCACGCCCCGGCACAUCCACUGGCGCUGUGGGGGGCAUGUCCAUGAGCACCGGUGGUAGAGGAAAAGUCAGUUUCGGAGGAACGGAUUUCCGUUCCAGCAGUGUAGGCAGCAGCUUCAGGGAAGGUCCUUCACAAAGCAGCAUUUUAUCAGAGUUUGCUUCGGCCGAAAUGAGCCUGCACGCCAUCUACAUGCAUGAGGCACGCAGGAAUUAUGGGACAAGCGAUGCCCAGGCUCGAUACCAUUGGCAGCAGUCUGAGAACAAUGGAGACGAAGACACAAUGGACGAGGUCAAUGCCCUGUCUGGUUUCAGGGAGUCAAGUUUGCAGCUGCACAACACUGGCUCGAACUCUGGUUCGCACUCAAGCUCAGUUUUGGGCUCGGGCCAAAGAGAGACGUAUGUGUCUCCUUCUGCAAGCAUAGGCCACUCUGGGGACUAUAUGCCAUCCAACAUUGGCUCCUUGCAGGACACUCACGGCGACAGCCUGGGGCUAAUGGUGACAAGAGAGAACACAGAACUAGGUGCGUUCCCCUUUCGGCACUACGGCGGCACGUCAGCAUCGGAAAAUAUGCUGCAGCCCGAGCGAGGCUCUCCCAGGUUUGGGUUAAUGCCCAUGGGUGGCUGGCAGGAGGACAUGGCUGGAUUGGGGACCAUUGACCCACAUGGGGGUGUGCCCAGCUGCAUGUCUCCCAACCCGCAACAGGUCAACGAGAAUUAAAUGAAAGGCUGCUCCUGGAAAAAAUGGAAGUUGAGCUCUACAAUUACUGGCAUGUCUCAUUUGGCCAGCAGUGGCAAAGGGUGUGUGCAUCCUGUGCAAUGGUGAUUAUGUGCUCAAUGUAACAAAACAAGUACUGCAUGUACUGUGUGUUUAAUUUAAAUGGAAAUGUCUGAAUCAUUUACUGCAAUUGAUGUCCACUAGGUGUAAUUGAGAACAUGACUGUGUUCCUUAGAGCUUUAAAAACACAUCUCUUUAACCUGCGUAGGCAUUUAACUUUUCUUACAUACUUUAAUUUGUUAUGAAAAUGUAUUAAAACAAGAAUGCAUGCUUAGAUUUAAAGUUUAUAUUGAAAACUUUACAGUUUUUGAAUCAAAGUGGUCAAAAGCCACAUUCUCUACAUUAAUGCUGCAGUAAAAAAGGUAAAAACACGGUUGUGAAUUUACUGAUAGACAAAUGUGGUAAUAGAUGCUGCAGCAUUUUCUUCCUGGCAAAAACUGGCCAAUAAACAUAUUUUAUAAAUGUAACCAUUGAAACCUAGGUUAUUACCCGAGCUGUAAAUAAUUACCGCUUAGAUGUUAACUAUGUCAUGCAUCCACUUUUUACUUUCUCCAAGUAUACCGAGAACAUAACAUGGUCACAUGGUCAUUAUUUUAAUUGUUGUUAUUUUUUUUACAGUUUUAAUACUUAAGUGUUAAGAUAUGUUGUGCUAUGUACAACAUACACAAAUAUUAUAACGAUGGUGUAAUACUAAUACAUGCAAUCUGAAAAGAAAUUAUUUUCUGAAAGUUACCUAUUAAUGAUAUAUUAACGGUGCUCAUACGCUAAGCUUAAAACCGUUUCUGAUCUCUGCUCAGUUGUACGACAGCACUUCCCCAAAGCGCAUCCCACCGGGUGGCAGUGUUUGACCUUUAAGCUGUCUGAUCCAUGCCAUUGCUUAUGAAUACAUGUACUUUGUGCGUGCAGUGUGUUUAAAAGGACAAGUUACCCAGGUAAUGAAAAGUUAUAAUGAUGAAUAUGUAAAAUACAUGUGUAAAAAUUACUCCGCGUAUGCAAGUUAUGGUGGAAGCUUGCAUACAUUGCCAUGUAGUGGAAUUUUAAGGCUGUUAUUCCGCUGCCUGUAAACAUGGGCUCAGUUUGACACUUUUUUUUAAUUGUACAAGAAACGCUAAUAUAAGAAUGUAAUAUAAACAUUUUCAAAUAGAUUUUUUUUCAUAGCGAUGCACUGUUAAAUUGUAAGAUAUUUAAUAAAUUAAUAUAAAACCAU